AUGGUUGAAGCAAGAGAGUGGUGGGCUGGUCCGUUGUGUAUUGCGGCUGAUAUGAACGCUGUAAGAUCGGAAGUGGAGAGAAACCAUGGUGCUGGUGACGGGCGAAAUAAUGCAUUGUUAAACAAUUACAUUUUGGAAUACGAAUUGAUUGAUCAACCUUUGAUAGGAGGAUCAUUUACAUGGUCUAACAAUCACUCUAACCCCCUUCUUUGCGGGUUGGAUAGAUUUCUUUUCAGUCAUGAUUUUGAAGAAGCUUUUCCUAAUGCUCUUCAAAUAGUAUUGACUAGAACGAUUUCGAAUCAUAAUCCCAUUCUGGUGAUAUCCGAACCAUCAUUGCCUUCCAAGCCUUACUUCAAGUUAGACAGAUUAUGGACUGAGCAUAAGGAUUUCGUGAAGAAUGUGCAACAGUGGUGGGAAGCUAUGGCUUUUCAUGGUAGUGCAAGCACAACUUUCUUUCUCAAGUUACAAAACUUGAAGCAUCUGAUUAAACCUUGGCGAAUUCAGGAGUUUGGGUCUGUUGCAAGAGACAAAAAUGUUCUUACAUGUAGGAUUCACGACUUGAAUAUUCUAGAGGAAGCGGGGGCUUUACAGCAAAGUCAGUUAGAAGAGAGAAUUCGUUGUAAAUUACAAUUGCGGAGCAUUGAGGCGAUGGAGGCUCGUAAAUGGCAAUUGCGGGCAAAGAAAAAUAAUUUUAGAUGGGAAGACUCAAAUACUAAAUAUUUUCAUAGCAUCAUUGCAAGUGCAAGAAGGAAGCGAAAUACAAUAGCUAAACUUCAAGUCGGAGGGGUUGAUAGUUUUGAUCAUAAUAUUAUAAAGGAAAAAAUAAGAAAUUUCUACAUCAAUUUGUUUACACAACAAAAUGAGCUGAACUCGGGCAUGGAAAAUCUUUACUUUCCUACAAAUAAAGAGUCAGACAAGCUUUGGAUGGAGAGGGAGUUCUCAGAGGAGUUUAAUUGUUCCUUUAUCACUUUAAUUCCGAAGAAAGAAGACUCGUAUACGCCGAAAGAUUUUAGACCAUUAAAUCUUAUAGAUAGUGUUUACAAGAUUAUUUCCAAGUUGCUUGCUGCUAGAUUGAAGAAGGUUGAAGGCGAGGAAGCCGGAUGGUGUGUAACUACUUCGCAUUUGUCUGUUCUUGUGAAUGACAGCUCGACGGAGAAACUCAAACCCAGCAAAGGGCUAAGGCAAGGAGAUUCUCUGUCUCCUUAUUUCUUUUUAUUGGUAGUGGAGGUAAUUUCUAAACUCAUCAAUGAUGCAGUAGUAAGAGGAAAAUUAUCGGGAUUUCAGGUAGUGGAUCAGGGAACUAUUAUUUCACACUUACAGUUUGCGGAAGAUACAUUGUUUUUUAUCGAUGCAGCUGUGGAAGAAGUAAGAAGACUCCUAAUUAUUCUGGUCAUUUUUGAGACGAUUACAGGUCUGAAGUUGAACUUGGAAAAAUCCACUAUGAUUAAUGUGGGAGCAGAUGAUGUUAUUGAUGUUCUUACCAGGGAGCUUGGUUGCAAGUCGGAAAAGUUACCUCUUACUUAUCUUAGUAUGCCUAUAAGGGCACACUGGCAUAGUACCUCAGUUUGGGAUUAUGUCUUGGUUAGGAUGGAGCAAAAGUUGGCAACAUGGAAGAAAAGGAAAUUGAAUAAAGCAGGUAGAUUUGUUCUUAUCAAGAGUUGUCUUGCUAGUCUUCCAAUUUAUUAUUUGUCUCUAUUUCAUUUGCCUGUCAGUAUGGAAAAACGAAUGUCAAAAUCAUGCGCAACUUCUUAUGGGGAGCGGUAG